GCCGCCAUUUUUUAGUUUUACUCAACAAACUUUUGCAGUGUCUAACUAAAAUUAGUAAUUUACCAAGCAAAAAUCUGAACUAUGGUCAGAGAAGGAAGACAAUACAGGAAAAAGUCGCGUAGUCGAUCAAGCAGCCCUCGCAGACGCGAUCGGGAUAGGUCAAGAAAAUCCCGAAGCAAGGAGAGGGAUAGGGAAUUAAAGAAGGCUAGAAGCAAAAGUCGAGAACGGACAAGACGGUCAAAGUCCAGAGAGAAACGCUCAAAGUCCCGCAAUAGAGACAAGCCACGUUCAUCCUCGAAGGACAAGGAUAAGCAGAGGUCGCGGUCGCGUGAUAGGGAUAGGGAUCGGGAUAGACGGAGGCGGUCGAAGAGUCACGAUAGAUCUCGCCGUCGCUCUCACUCGCGAAGUCGAGACGGGAGGAAGCGGUCUCGAACGAAAUCACCGGGAAAGAAAGGCAAGCACCAGAAAUCCAACGACAAGGACAAAGUCAAGUCUAAAGACGGGAGCGAGGAGAAGCAGACCGAGUUCCAGUUUGAUCCGCUGGACAAGGAGGCAGAACAGAAGCGUCUCGAAACGGAGAUGACGAGGAGGAGGGAGCGCAUCGAACACUGGCGCGCCGAGAGGAACAAGAAGAAGCUGGAGCAGGCGCGCACGAACAAGGACCUCCCGAUGCCGAUGUUCCCGGGGAAGAAGUGGUCGCUGGAGGAUGAAGAUGAGGAUGAACACGAGCACGUCGUCGUGGAACCAGAUGCUGAAUCUGGUGAUCAACAAGAGAACGGGACUGAGCCACAGGAAGACGUGGACCCUCUGGAUGCUUACAUGCAGGAGGUCAACAAUGAGGUGCGGACGAUCAUGGGUCACCACCACGUUGCGGGCAAGGACGCGAAGAUGGAGCGUGUGACGCGCAUCGUGAGUGUGGCCAAGGUCAAGGCUGAGGAGAAGAAGAAGGGAGAGCUGAUGCAGAACGACCAGGAUGCGAUGGAGUACUCGUCCGAAGAAGAAGAGGAGGACCUGAAGAAGAAGGCCAGUGCUCUGGAGGCGUCCAAGAGCACGGCUAAGAAGCUAGAGGCGGUCGACCACACCAAGGUCACUUACCAGCCGUUCCGCAAGAACUUCUACGUUGAGGUGCCGGAGAUUGCUCGCCUCUCCCCCGAAGACGUGGAGGUGCAGCGGCAGGAGCUGGAAUCAAUCGUCGUGAAGGGCAAGGGCUGUCCCAAACCCAUCUCACAGUGGGCGCAGUGCGGCGUCUCCAAAAAGAUCCUCGACUCCAUGAAAAAGCAGAACUACGAGACGCCGACGCCGAUCCAGGCGCAGGGCAUCCCGGCGAUCAUGGCCGGACGCGACGUGAUCGGCAUCGCGAAGACUGGAAGCGGAAAGACUAUCGCCUUCCUGUUGCCGAUGUUUCGCCACAUCAUGGAUCAACCGCCGCUCGAGACGGACGACGGCCCCAUCGCACUCAUUAUGACGCCGACGCGCGAGCUCGCGAUGCAGAUAUCGCGCGAGUGCAAGAAGUUCUGCAGGCAGCUGGGCGUGCACCCGGUCUGCGUGUACGGCGGCACGGGAAUCUCUGAGCAGAUCGCCGAGCUGAAGAGAGGAGCAGAGAUCAUCGUCUGCACACCGGGACGCAUGAUCGACAUGCUCGCAGCCAACAGCGGCCGCGUGACAAACCUGAAGCGAGUUACCUACCUGGUGCUCGACGAAGCUGAUAGAAUGUUCGACAUGGGAUUCGAACCGCAGGUGAUGCGCAUUGUUGAGAACACGCGGCCGGACCGGCAGACUGUCAUGUUCAGCGCGACGUUCCCGCGACCGAUGGAGGCUCUCGCUCGCAAGGUGCUCAACAAACCAGUGGAGGUGCAGGUGGGAGGACGCAGCAUCGUCGCCAAGGAGGUCGACCAGAAAGUGCUGCUGAUUGAUGAGGACGACAAGUUCUUCAAGCUGCUGGAGCUGCUGGGAGUCUACCAGGAGAAGGGCAGUGUGUUGGUGUUCGUCGACAAGCAGGAGAACGCAGAUAUUCUGCUGAAGGACCUAAUGAAAGCUUCGUACCCAUGCUUGUCCCUGCAUGGUGGCAUCGACCAGUUCGACCGAGACAGCACCAUCAUUGACUUCAAGAAUGGAAACAUCAGCCUGUUGGUGGCGACGUCUGUCGCAGCGCGUGGCUUGGACGUGAAGCAACUAGUGCUGGUGGUGAAUUACGAUUGUCCGAAUCACUAUGAGGAUUACGUCCACCGAUGUGGGCGGACGGGCCGGGCUGGCAACAAGGGCUCGGCCUACACGUUCAUCACUCCGGACCAGGAACGAUACGUCGGAGAUAUCCUGAGAGCGCUCGAGUUAUCCGGCGCACCCAUGCCGGAUGAACUCAUGGAGAUGUCCUCGACCUACAAGGACAGGAUGAAGUCGGAAGGAAAGAAGAGGGGGGGGGGGGCGGGCGUUUUCAAAGUAGCGGUGAAGUGCUUGUUCGGCGCGCCAAUGGCUAAAUGGACGGGAAACCGAACACCAGAUGGCGACAGAGAGGAAGAAACUGCAGAAGGCUGCUCUCGGCCUGCAGGAUUCCGACGAGGAGGACGCAGUCGAUAUCGACCAGCAGAUUGAGGACAUGUUCGCUAGCAAGAAGACUGUCAAAGACAUCACCGUCACCGUCAAAAACCAGAACUCGCAGUCAGGAGUCACGGUGGCGCCACCUGCCCAGC